AUGACCGCUGUCAAUCCGCAAGCGAAAGUACAGCGCCAAGGCCGGCGAACGCUGACGACGCCGCCGCCGAAAGGAACCCAGAAUCAGAGGGACUUCCAAGCAGGACGAGGCGAUCGCUAUGAUGCUGUGAAGCCUGGAGCAUCAGACAUCUGGAACAAGGAAGGUGGCGUCGAGCAGAUGACCGUCAACCGCAGCGAGUACAGCGCCAAGGCUGGCGAACGCUACGAUGUCGUCAAGCCGAAGGAGUCGGACUUGUUGAGGGGAGACGGCCACUUCGAAGGUCAGACCCAGAAUCAGAAGGACUUCCAAGCAGGACGAGGCGAUCGCUAUGAUGCUGUGAAGCCUGGAGCAUCAGACAUCUGGAACAAGGAAGGUGGCGUCGAGCAGAUGACCGUCAACCGCAGCGAGUACAGCGCCAAGGCUGGCGAACGCUACGAUGUCGUCAAGCCGAAGAGUCGGACUUGCUUGAGGAACGGCCACUUCGGAGGCAUCGGACAUCUGGCACAAGGAAGGGAGGCGUCCGAGCAGAUGACCGUCAACCGCAGCGAGUACAGCGCCAAGGCUGGCGAACGCUACGAUGUCGUCAAGCCGAAAGAAUCCGACCUGCUUCGAGGUGAUGGUCACUUCGAGGGCCAGACCCAGAAUCAGAAGGACUUCCAAGCAGGACGAGGAGAUCGC